AUGAAACUAAUCAUAAAUGGAAAAAUAUGGAAUAUUGUAUCUGCAUAUGCACCUCAGCAGGGUUGCAGAGAUGAGGAGAAAGAGGAAUUUAGAGAAAAACUUGAAGAGUAUAUAGAAAGUAUAGCACGAACAGAAUUAAUAUUGAUAGCCGGAGGCAUGAAUGCACAUAUAGGAGAAAGUGGCAAUGGGUAUGAAGGAGUCCAUGGUGGAAUGGGUUUCGGAAGACGAAAUGUAGAAAGUGGGCGAUUACUGGAAAUGGCAGAAGCAGCAGAAAUUACAAUAUUGAAUACUUGGUUCAAGAAGAGACAAAGCUAUCUAAUUACAUAUAAAAGCGGUCAGAAUGAGACACAGGUUGACUACAUCCUGGUAAGAAGAGAAGACAAACGACUUGUAAUGGAUUGCAAACUUAUACCUGGAGAACCAGUGAUGACGCAACAGAGAUUAUUAGUAGCAGAUUUUAGGAUGAAAAGUGGAAGGAAGAGAAGGAAAGAAGAAAGAAAGAAGAUUAAAGUCUGGGAGUUGAAAAAAUGA